GUGUGGUCACCACUACGCGGUCUGCCUUGACCUGAAGAACCAAUGUUUUGAGGUGCUUGAUUCAAUGCGUUCGGCAGCUAAUGCAGACCUUUCUACGCAUGAUGAAUACUUCAUCAACAACCUCAAAGAGACAUGGAACCGCCACUACAAACACUCAAAGGUCCAGAUUAGACAUUUUCCAAUUGAGUACGUGGCGCCUACGAAGCAAGGGAACAAGAUGGACUAUGGCUUUCACAUAUUGGAAUACCUUGCAAAGUGGGAAGGUAGACUGGUUCCUGUUGUCACAGUUGCAAUGGUCGUUGAGCUUCGCAAAAUUUACACAUGGAACUGGUUGACGAAUGAAGAUUUCAACACGUGGUCCGGAGCACAUGAGUUCAUAGAGGAAGCUGUCAAUAAAGUCACCAAGAAGUACAAGUGAUCACGUGGUGCUCCAUACCGAACGCCUACCUUACAUUUUGU